CCAACUCCUGGCUUCAGAAGCUCCAAACUGAUAUUAACUCUGAAAUAUACAAAGCAUAUGUACUGUGCAGGGGCCUAGCUCCUGGGCCUCCCUUGUGCUCCCGUGCAGAAAAAGCCCCCAAGGGAGCUGAUGCCAGCUGAGACUGAAAAACAAGGUCUAAUUUACAACAUGGCAGCAGAAGAUCCAGAGACAGAUGGUCCCAGAUCCUACAUGCCUGAUGAGCUCCAGCACCCGCAUUCAAAGUUUUCCCAGUGGAAGUUUAAGUUGUUUCGAGUAAAGUCCAUGGAGAAGGCCCCUCUACCCUGUGAGACACAACCUGAGAAAGAAGUCUCAUUAGACAUCCCACUCCCUGCAGGUUCAAAGGCAGAGGCAGAUCAUGGUGUGGGUCCAGCAAGUGUCAUGAAAUUGUGCCUUGGGGGAAAAAGUAAAGAAAAUGUUGAGGCAGGCAGGAGAGUUGAUAUGAAGCUCCAGGAAAUGGGCACCCACAUGGACCACCUGAGGUGCUUGUGCCGUGUCUGUGGAACAGCCCUGAGAAAAGUCAAAGGCCCAGUUCAUGACGUUCAUGGAGAUUUGGAUGACGUGACCAAGUGUGCACUGCGUAAAAUGGGCUGCAGGUUCACAAACUGGCGGGAGGUCAUCAUGAAAGUCUUCAAAGUGGAUGUGUCCGGGGACACAGAGUCUAUCCACCCUCUAUCCUUCUGCCAUCGCUGCUGGAUGGUAGCCAUACGGGGCGGAGGAGUCUGCAGCUUCACCAGGACAAAAAUCCCUGAGUGGAAACCCCACUCUUCCCACUGCCUCCUUUGCUUUCCCAGGAAAGCUUCAUUCCAAAGGACUGGGAGGAAGAGGAGUAAAGUGGUUCCUAGAGCCCAAGUGCUGGCCAAAAGGACCAGGUGGGACCAUGGGGGCAGCAUUGCAGUUGGUGAAAAGAGAGUUUUGAGGCCCUUUGGAGACAGCCAUGGUCCCACGUCGAGGUUCUGGAGGAAAACCAGCAUCCAGAGAGAUCAAUGGGUGAGGAACAUCACACGCUGCCAGAGAGACCACCUGAGUACCAAGUUGAUUGCAGAGACGCUCCCGGUAGACUUCGUGGUUUCUUUCACCUGCCUUGUGUGUGACCACCUGCUCUCUGAUCCAGUUCAGUCCCCCUGUGGGCAUCUCUUCUGCCGCAGCUGUAUUAUAAAAUUUACCCAUGUUCUAGGACCUCGCUGCCCUGCUUGCAAUUCUUCCUACUCCCCUGAUGAUCUCAUCCCCCCUGCCAAAACCUUUUUAUCAGCAUUGUAUUCCCUGCCUCUGCUUUGCCCCUGCAAUGGCUGUGGCGAGCAUGUAAGACUGGACUUAUUCAAGGCACACUGUCUGAGCCACGAGCUGGAGAAAGAUGCCCACCAGCAUUCAUCAGAAUUUGACAACUGCCUGCUCGCCAAUAAAGGAGGAAGACCCCGGCAGCACUUGCUCUCAUUAACCCGUCGUGCUCAGAAACACCGACUGAAGGAUCUGAAGAACCAGGUGAAGGUGUUUGCAGACAAAGAGGAGGGUGGUGAUGUGAAGUCUGUGUGUUUGACACUCUUCUUGCUUGCGCUGAGAUCCGGGAAUGAACAUCGUCAGGCAGAUGAGCUUGAGGCCAUGAUGCAAGGCAGAGGCUUUGGAUUGAGUCCUGCUGUGUGCUUGGCCAUCCGGGUCAACACUUUCCUGAGCUGCAGCCAGUAUCAUAAGAUGUAUCGGACUGUCAAAGCCACAAGUGGCCGCCAGAUCUUUCAGCCUCUGCACACACUCCGAGCUGCAGAGAAGGAGCUCCUCCCUGGCUUUCACCAAUUUGAAUGGCAGCCCGCUCUAAAGAAUGUGUCACCAUCUUGCUAUAUUGGCAUCAUCAAUGGUCUCUCUGGAUGGAUGUCUUCCCUGGAUGACGCCCCAGCUGACACAAUCACCCGGCGCUUUCGCUAUGAUGUGGCGCUGGUGGCUGCACUGAAAGAUUUGGAGGAGGACAUCAUGGAGGGACUGAGGGAAAGUGGGAUGGAAGAUAGCGCUUGCACCUCAGGCUUCAGCGUAAUGAUCAAGGAAUGCUGUGAUGGCAUGGGUGAUGUCAGUGAGAAACAUGGCGGAGGACCAGCUGUUCCUGAGAAAGCUGUCCGGUUCUCUUUCACUGUUAUGUCCGUUUCUAUCCAGGCAGAGGAUGAACAGGAAGAGGUUACAAUUUUCAGAGAGCCAAAGCCCAACUCAGAGCUGUCCUGUAAGCCCCUUUGCCUAAUGUUUGUGGAUGAGUCAGACCACGAGACCCUCACAGCCGUCCUGGGGCCUAUAGUUGCAGAGCGUAAUGCGAUGAAAGAGAGCCGGCUCAUCUUGUCGGUGGGAGGUCUGCUGCGCUCCUUUCGUUUCCAUUUCAGGGGUACAGGAUACGAUGAAAAAAUGGUGCGCGAUAUGGAGGGUUUGGAGGCCUCAGGGUCCACUUAUGUCUGCACUCUGUGCGACUCCAGUCGUGCAGAGGCUGCCCAAAACAUGGUGUUACAUUCCAUCACCCGCAAUCACGAUGAAAACCUGGAUCGUUAUGAAAUAUGGAGAACCAACCCAUUUUCCGAGUCUGUGGAUGAGCUGCGUGACAGAGUCAAAGGUGUCUCUGCCAAGCCCUUCAUGGAGAUGCAGCCCACAUUAGAUGCGUUACACUGUGACAUCGGAAAUGCCACAGAGUUCUACAAAAUCUUUCAAGACGAGAUCGGGGAGGUGUACAAAAAGAGCAACCCCAGUCGCGAGCAACGGCGCUGCUGGAGGGCAGCCUUAGACAAACAGCUGAGGAAGAAAAUGAAGCUAAAACCAGUAAUGAGGAUGAAUGGGAACUAUGCUCGCAGGCUAAUGACCCUGGAGGCUGUGGAGGUGGUGUGUGAGCUGGUGCCCUCAGAGGAGAGGAGAGAUGCCCUGAGGGAGCUCAUGAAGCUCUACCUCCAGAUGAAGCCCGUGUGGCGCGCUACCUGCCCGGCCAAGGAAUGUCCUGACCAGCUGUGCCGCUACAGCUUUAACUCCCAGCACUUUGCCGACCUCCUGUCCUCUACCUUCAAAUAUAGGUACAAUGGAAAGAUAACCAAUUACCUGCACAAGACCCUGGCACAUGUGCCCGAAAUCAUAGAGAGGGAUGGAUCCAUAGGUGCCUGGGCCAGCGAGGGAAACGAGUCAGCAAACAAGCUGUUCAGGCGUUUCAGGAAGAUGAAUGCCCGUCAGUCAAAGGCCUUUGAACUGGAGGAUGUGCUGAAACAUCAUUGGCUGUACACCUCCAAGUACUUGCAAAAGUUUAUGGAGGCUCACAAGGACUCUGCAAAAGCAAUGCAGGCGACGAUAAACCCCAUCGAAAUCCAGGAUGAUGAAGACAUGUCAGUGGAAGUGACUGAGUGUUGAUUGUUCCUGUUGCUAACACUUAGUAAUGGAUUGUUUUUUAGUUAAGUGUGGUCUCAUUGUUCAUUUCAUUAUUCAUUGUGAAUUCAUUUAUAUCAGAAAAAACAAUCAUUCUUCCUCCACUUCUUAUUUUGGAUGUUACUAAAUAUGUUUUUAUUGAAUGUUUUGCAUCAAGUUGAGUAACUGUGGUUUUUAAGAACAUCCUUUCCUAAUUUAUUAGUUUUUGCUUUACUUGUUUUAAACUUGUCUUUGAACUGCUUUGGUUCACUCACAUUCACCGCACUUCAAAGACAGGAAAACAAAGAAACUUACUAUAAAAGAAACUCACAACUUUGCUUUUAUUGUUUUUAACUCUACUUCUAUCUUUGCUGUAUGUGAAAUAUAGUGAAUUUUAUUGUAUUGCAAGGAUAUGGCACAUUUAUGAAUUUAUAUGGAGGGGAUAUUUAUGGAAACAGAUGAAAGAGCUGUAAGUCAUGGAGUGAAAUUGUGUUAAAAAGACCACAUUUGUGGCCACUGUAUUAAUACAUCAUUUUAGCUGGAGGAAAAUGCAAUCACAGAGACCCAAAUGUUCUUUGUUUCAUGAGAGCUCUCUGAAAUAGAUUACUUUAGUGCUUUAUCGUGGGGUCCCUGAGGGCCAGAAAAGAUGCCAGGUCACUUGAGCCAUUUUUAAAAAUCUCUUUCAGCUUUUGCACAGUGCAGAAUAGAUUAUACUUAUUUUAAUUCCUCUCAUAAAAUAAAACAUCCACUGACCUUUUUGUCGAUAUGAUAGAAAUAUAGUAUGGUCCAUUACAGAGCUUAAUACCCCAUGGACUAUCAAGCAGGCAGGGAUUUUUCUCAACUUUCUUGUGUAACCUGACUCUUUUUCCUGGAUGGUGUUUCUUCACUGCCACUGUUGACAGAGAAGAAGGAUAGGCGGGAGACAGUAAGACCUGACGUAAACUGAUUUGUUGGCGAGUUUAUUUCUUUGAUUGAUUGAUUAUAUUGUUUCUGUCUGCCCUCACCAUUUUGAAUUGUGACAAGCAAUUUUGUUUUCUUACUUGAUUGAAUGCUUGAUUUUAUUUAUUCAUAACUUUACCCACAUGACCACAUCGAAAUCUUCUUGUCAUUGGAUAGUUGUCAGGCUCCUACUAGAGGACCAAUUCUUGAGUGCAUUAGAUUUCAACUUGUCUCAUGUUUUUGUUUUUGCCAUAAUGAAUUGCAUUUCCAAACUAACAGAUGAUGGAUGAUUCACAAUUUUUCACUUGCUCAUAUUUCACAUAGUGUUUCCUUAUUCUAUGCUUACUCACAUACACUAAAUAUCAGGUGAACUGCUUACUGGAUUUAGAGGAGAUUUCCUCUGGUGAUAUAUUUUAGAUACAACCAAAUAUUACACUAAAACUGCAGAGACAUUUAUACACAUUGAUUCAUUUUACAUCUUGUACAGCUGUGGAUUCAUAAAGCCAGAGAACUGACUUUUAAAUGACAAGUUGUUUAUGUGGAAGAAGUUUGUACUUUUUGUCACUGUUUUAACCAGAGAUUAAAUAAAAGACUAAAUCU